AUGCGCAUUGACCUUAUCUGUGUUCCGGGGCUCGGUCACUAUAGGAAGUUAAAGCAGGGCUCUUGUUUUUUUCCCCCUUUUUCUAAGCAUUUUGUUGACACGGGGAGCGAGCUUUUCUUUGAAACACGUAAACAUUUUGGCUAUUUUACAUUAAGGAUGAAUUUCCUCAGAGGAGUGAUGGGAGGGCAGACUGCCGGGCCGCAACCGUCAGGAGCGGAGACGAUUCAGAAACUGUGCGACCGUGUCGCCUCCUCGACGCUGCUAGAAGACCGCAGAGGUGCUGUCCGAGCUCUUAAGUCUCUGUCAAAGAAAUAUCGCAUGGAAGUUGGCACACAGGCAAUGGAUCACUUGAUUAACAUCCUGCAAACUGACAGAUCUGACUCAGAAAUCCUGGGAUAUGCUCUGGAUACGCUCUACAAUGUGAUCAGCAACGAUGAGGAGGAAGAACAAGAUGAAUCAGAAGAUGAAAAUGCCCAGAAGCAGGCGGAUGACCUCGCCACCCAGUUUACAGAGAAGUUCAUCGAGGACCCGGAGCACAUAACCCUGGUGCUCACUCUGCUGGAGGAGUUCGACUUCCACGUCCGCUGGCCCGGCGUGAAGCUGCUCACCGCUCUCCUAAAGACCCAGGGCGUCCAGGUGCAGGGCAUCAUUCUCGUCAGCCCCAUGGGCGUUUCCAGGUUAAUGGACCUUUUGGCCGACUCAAGAGAAGUGAUUCGCAAUGACGGCCUGUUGCUGCUGCAGCAGCUGACCAAAGGCAACGCAGCCAUUCAGAAAAUCGUGGCGUUUGAGAACGCUUUUGAGCGUCUUCUCGAUAUCAUCACAGAAGAGGGCAGCAGUGAUGGAGGUAUCGUGGUGGAGGACUGCCUGUUGUUGCUGCUGAACUUGCUCAAGAACAACAGCUCCAACCAGAACUUCUUUAAGGAGGGUUCCUACAUCCAGAGGAUGAAGCCCUGGUUCGAAGUGGGCGACGAUAACUCCGGCUGGUCUGCGCAGAAAGUCACCAACCUCCACCUCAUGCUGCAGCUGGUGCGAGUGAUGGUGUCACCGGUGAACUCCCCUGGAGCGACGGCCAGCUGUCAGAAGUGCAUGUACCAAUGUGGCCUGUUGCAGCAGCUGUGCACCAUCCUGAUGGCCACCGGUGUCCCUGCAGACAUCCUCACAGAGACUAUAAACACGGUUUCGGAGGUUAUCAGGGGCUCACAGGUCAACCAGGACUACUUUGCUUCCGUCAACGCGCCUUCAAACCCUCCGAGACCGGCCAUCGUGGUGCUCCUCAUGUCCAUGGUGAACGAGAGGCAGCCGUUUGUGCUUCGCUGCGCGGUCCUUUACUGCUUUCAGUGUUUCCUCUGCAAGAACCAGAAAGGUCAGGGGGAGAUCGUCGCCACCCUGCUGCCCUCCACCAUCGAUGCCAACUCCAUCUCGGCAGGCCAGCUGCUGUGCGGCGGCCUGUUCUCCACGGACUCUCUGUCUAACUGGUGUGCCGCCGUGGCCUUGGCCCACGCCCUGCAGGACAACCUCACCCAGAAGGAGCAGCUGCUGCGGGUGCAGCUGGCCACCAGCCUGGGCAAGCCGCCCGUCUCCCUGCUGCAGCAGUGCACCAACAUCCUGUCUCAGGGUGAUAAGAUCGUCCGGCGGGGCAGUAAAGUACAGACCAGAGUGGGCCUCCUCAUGCUGCUCUGCACCUGGAUCAGCAACUGUCCGAUCGCCGUCACACACUUCCUACACAAUCAGGAUAAUGUUCCCUUCCUGACGGCUCAGAUCUCAGAGAACCUGGGAGAGGAUGAGCGGCUUGUGCAGGGUCUCUGUGCGCUCCUGCUUGGCAUCUGCAUCUUUUAUAACGACAACUCGCUGGAAAACUACACCAAGGAGAAACUAAAGCAGCUGAUCGAGAAACGUAUCGGGAAGGAGAACUUUGUGGAGAAGCUCGGCUUCAUCACCAAACAUGAGCUUUAUUCCCGGGCGGCGCUGAAGCCGCAGCCCGUUUUCCCGUCUCCGGAGCAGAUGCUGUUCGACCACGAGUUCACCAGACUGGUCAAAGAUCUGGAAGGUCUGAUAACCAAAGCCGUUCAAAAGUCCAGUGAGGAGGAUAAGAAGGAAGAGGAGGUGAAGAAGACGUUGGAGCAACAUGAUAACAUUGUGACUCAGUACAAAGAGUUGAUCAGAGAACAGGACGCCCAGAUUCAGGAGCUGAAAGAGAAAGUUGCAUCGAUGACGACUCAGACCGAACAGCUGCAGGCCACAGUCAGUCAGCAGCAGUCUCAGAUUCAGCAGCACAAAGACCAGUACAACCUCAUCAAGCUCAAGUUAGGUAAGGAGAACCAGAGUCAGUCUAACAACCAGGGGGACUCUCAGGUGAACGGGCUGCAGACAGAAGAGCUUUCUCAGCUCAGAGAGGAGCUGGAGGAGCUGCGGAGGCAGCAAACACUUCUGCAGACGCAGCUCAGUGAGAAAGACGCGCUCAUCGACAGCCUGAAGUCUUCGGCACAAGCAGCGGAGGCUCCAGCAGGAGGAUCAGACAACGCUGAGCUUCUCCAGGAAGUGGAGGCAUUAAAGAACCAGGUUCAGUCCCAUUUGGCAGAAAUCAGCCAGCUGAAGACGGAGAGGCUGGAGCUGCUGAGAAGAGCUGAAGCAGCGUCCUCCAGCACAGCGCCCCCUAGUGACAAGUCAUCAGAUGCUGCCAAGGCGGAACUGGAGAGCCGACUCGCCGCUCAGACGUCUGAGAUGGAGAGGCUGAAGGAGGGUCGAUCAGAGCUGGAGGAGCAGCUGGCCUCGGCCACCAGCACCGUGGCCAUCCUGCAGACGGAGAAGUCAAAGCUGCAGACGGAGGUGCAGGAGUCCAAGAAGGAGCAGGACGACCUGCUGAUGCUGCUGGCAGACCAGGACCAGAAGAUCCACAGCCUCAAGCAGAAGCUCAAAGACCUGGGAGAGACGGUGGAAGAUGAAGACGACAUCGACGCCCGGGACCAGACGUCCGAUGAGGAGGAUGAAGAUGAGGACUAGAGAGAAAACACUAAAAAGAAAGAGGAGAAGAAACGCCUUCACACCUGAGAAACAGAGGAGUAGGACUAGUAAACCUCGACUGGACCACUUCCUCCUCCCGGCUGCCAUGCUGUCUUUGUUUUCCUGUAAUCGGUCACGUCACAUGAGCACAUCGUUGCGUUUUUUGUUGUUUUUUUUUUUUUGUUUUUUUUUGGACGUUUUCAUGUUCAAGUUGAGGUUAUUCUUCCAUUUUCAGAUGGCUAAGAGACGUUGGCUCGUCAGUGCGUUCAUCUCCACAGUGUUCCCCCGUCGGCCUCGUGUUCGUUCUGUUCUGCUGUUAUAUAUAUAUUUUCUAAUCCCAAAAACAGAGGCUGCGGUAAUUUAACACCAUUAAUGUGAAAAAUGUGAUGUGGAGGAUUUAAAAAGCAGCGGAGUGUGACUACCGCGACUGAAGCGGGGAGUUUCUCAGGCGUCAUGGCUUCCAUCCGCCGUCUCCUGCAGGAUUCUCCGCCGCCGUCACAUCCAGGACCGUCUCAGUGACGCGACGCUGUGAACGCUCCGUGUCUCCGUCUCGUCUGGACGGCUCCACGCCACCGCUCUGCGAUAUGCUGCAAAACGCUGACGGAAAACAUGUAAAGACCGUGGAAAAUAAGACGUAUUUUUUCAACUUUUUGUGCAGUUCUGGCAUCCAGCUUCUGUAUGAUACUGUGUAACUUAUCAAUUUAAGAGCCACCCUGAGAUGAAUUAAUAUGCUAUCUGUAUGCCGUAUGGAAAAUAUUUGUAGAUAAAUUAAAUUUUACUAAAUCGA